GUUUGAACUUACAUUGGCUGUUGCUUUCUAAUUGGCCAAUAAGGAUACCAAUCCAAUACCAUUACCACCCCCCAGGAGAGAGAGUUUCCAUUUCUCACCCACAGGCACUAAUCCACCAGACUACAGCUCCCUUGUUGCCCUGGCUAAUGAUUUUAGCCCUGGAAUGCUAACAUUCACGCAGAAUGAGAAAGCUGUUUUGAAAGAGUCCUACACUAUUAGUAGCAAAUCUUCUUACUCCUACUCAGAGACCAAUGCAAACUCAGUCCAGCAGACACACCAGUCCACUGUAUCCAAUGAUAUUAGCAACUGUAAUGCAUCUGCCACCACUAAUACACAGGCCCAGGAGCGUAAAGUGUCUUCCCUUAAAAUAACCCCUGUCACCAUCCCUGACCCCCCGGAUCACAGCAACUCUUACCUUGACUUUCAACCUAAGACCCAGUCCACAGGUUCCCCUCCACCCACUUCCCCACCUCCACAAAGAGGUCCCCCCUUGUCUCAGCCCCUGACCCAGGCAGCCUCACCUUCUGUCCACUUGGGCCCCGAGAAGCAUCCAGAGCGUCAAAACAGCACAGUGGAGCUCAAGGUCCCAGAUCGAGCCUCAAAUCAAACCCCAAGUCCAGCUUCAGCCCAGGUGGAGAUAACAAAGGCUCCUCCCGCGAUUCCACCACGACCUUCUCCUGCAGAGCUGUUGGGGCCUCCAUCCCCCGACCCCACAGCACGGCACUCCCCCUAUCGCUGCCACAGCUCAGAUUCACUCGACUACCUGCCUGGCCUAAUGCCCAAGGCUCUAUCGCCAACCCCGUAUGUUCCUAGCGGAGCCGGUGCAGUCAGCAGGCCGAGCCUUACCACAAUCAGCAGUGUGAGCAUCAGUGGCUACGUGUCACCCUCGGCUUCCCCUGUGACGGUGUCAGCUCUCAGCCACUACUCGUCAUCCACGGCGGGUCUGCUGGACGAGCUGCAGAUCUGUAGCCUGGACUCACCUGGCGCCUCACCCACGCCAUCGCCCACCCUCAGCCAUGUCUCUACCUACACAUCCACUGCUGGCCCCGAUGAUGUGCUAACAACCUUUGCGGCCUCCACUGCUGCUGCAGCCACUGUCACUAACGUAAUUAUCCCAACAAGUCACCGCUGUAACACACAUCAUUACCAAAAACGAAUGGUUCCCUGCUCCCACUCAUUUGGAUGGCUGAACCAAACCUUUACAAAAUGUGUCAUUACUACCGAUUUUUACCUUUUACUAACCAUCAACUACAACCUAAUGAUCCCUUAAUAUGUUAAUGUGUUUGUACUCUUUAGAGCUCUAUGUGCUCGUCUUUGUUUACGUGCUUGUCUUUGUUUCUCUGUUAUGCCUUUUUUGCAAUCCAGUGCAAUUAUGUCUCUUAAGGCCAGUUCAUAUCAAAAAUUCACGACAAGACAAAACCAUUGUUUAGAGAUGUUGUAGCAGGGUGAAGUUGGAUGCUGUUGGCUGCAAGUCUUAUAAUGUAACAUGUGUGAAAACAGUCGUAUGUGUCAUGUCAGCUCGUUAUGUUCCGCUGGAGAUAGAUGUAAGGGGCUCUCUCAUAGAGUCAGUCCCUCCAGGACGUUGCGAUGUUGGAAUCCCAACAAUUAGU